GAUCUCUUUCUCAGGCUUCUCUCUGAUACUCUGAUACUGUGAUUGUGUAUGGAUGUACGCAACUGUCAAUUGUAGAAGUGCGUGGAAUUACGUCUGACAUUGUGUUUAUUACGUCAACGCGUAAUCAUGAGCUGUGGAUUUGUUACUUGCGGCCCGAAUGAGGCUCUCGUAGUUUCAGGAUGUUGCUACAGCAAACCUCUUUUGGUACCUGGAGGACGGGUAUUUGUAUGGCCCUUCGUGCAACAAGUGCAAAAAAUCUCUUUAAAUACGAUGACUUUACAAGUCGAAAGUCCAACAGUGUAUACUUGUCAAGGAGUACCAAUAUCUGUAACAGGCAUAGCACAGGUAAAAAUUCAAGGACAAAAUGAGGAAAUGCUGUCUACGGCAUGUGAACAGUUUCUUGGAAAAUCUGAGGAUGAGAUACACAACAUAGCUCUUGUCACAUUGGAAGGACAUCAACGGGCUAUAAUGGGCAGUAUGACUGUAGAGGAAAUUUACAAGGAUCGUAAAAAAUUUAGCAAGGAAGUAUUUGAGGUUGCAAGCAGUGAUCUAGUCAAUAUGGGCAUUACUGUCGUAUCGUAUACAUUAAAAGAUAUUCGAGACGAAGAAGGGGCAAAGGGAUAUCUGCAAGCACUCGGUAUGGCACGUACGGCAGAAGUAAAGAGAGACGCUAGAAUAGGUGAGGCGGAGGCUCGUAGAGACGCUCAAAUUAGAGAAGCUAUUGCCGAGGAGCAAAGAAUGGCCUCUCGUUUCUUAAAUGACACAGAGAUUGCGAAAGCACAACGUGACUUCGAAUUGAAAAAGGCUGCUUACGAUGUCGAGGUUCAAACCAAAAAAGCUGAAGCAGAAAUGGCCUUUGAACUUCAAGCGGCGAAAACCAAACAGAGAAUUAUGGAGGAGCAAAUGCAAGUAAAAGUUGUAGAACGUAGUCAAGAGAUCGCCGUACAGGAGCAGGAAAUGCUAAGACGCGAAAAAGAAUUGGACGCCACUAUACGACGUCCUGCCGAUGCGGAGAAAUACAGGUUAGAGAAAAUAGCUGAAGCGAACAAAUUGCGCCUUGUUAUGGAGGCUGAAGCUGAAGCUGAGGCUAUUAAAAUUCGCGGCGAAGCGGAAGCUUUUGCCAUUGAAGCGAAAGCUAAAGCAGAGGCAGAACAAAUGGCAAAGAAAGCGGCCGCAUGGAACGAGUACAAGAGCGCAGCCAUGAUAGAUAUGUUGCUUGAUACACUUCCAAAGGUUGCCGCCGAAGUAGCCGCCCCUCUUUCCCAAGCAAAAAAGAUAACUAUGGUCUCGAGUGGUAACGGCACUAUUGGUGCAGAAAAAUUAACUGAAGAAGUUUUCAAUAUUGUACAACGUGUUCCGGAUCUUGUUAAAAAUUUAACCGGCGUGGAUAUUUCAAAGUCUGUUCAUGCUGCGUAAACGUGCAAUGUCAAGAGCAUUCGAAUUCCUUGAUCAUUACGAUGUGUCGUUCUUCAAUGUGUAUAUUUAUAAAGAAAUAAUCAAUGGACUUUUUUUAUGUAUAUACAUUUCUUUUAAAGAUAUUUCGUCCUAUAUAACUCACAUCAAGUAUAAUUUAUAAUAUGAAAAGUCUUAUAUUAGAAAAAAAGAUUCUACAAGUUUUGCUGUGCCAUUUAUGUAAAACGUCUAUGUAUAUUACUAGUUAUUUUUGAUAUUACUUCCAAUUUCAAAAAAAUCAGGAAUAAUUAGUAUAAAUUUAAAUAAGCGAUUUAAUUUAACUACGGUUUUAAGAGCAUAUUCACGAAAACAAAAAAUUUCGUAAGUCAUUCAUUCCAAUAACUUUUAUUCAUCCCGACAGUAAAAGUGUGAUAUAACAUUAAUACAGCACAUUAUUGAUAUUACUUAUGUAUAUUUUAAAAUAUUUUAUCAAUUUAACGCAUAUUUGUUAACAAAAAAAAAAAAAUCGUGUGUGUGUUCUUGAAUCUCUUAAGAGCCGAUCGUAAUGGUUCAUGUUUAUCUAUGUAUAAUUCUAUGCCAAAACGUGCCGAAUGCCAUUCUCUCCCAAAUAUUAUAUAUAUAUAUAUAUUACAUGUACCUUUUAAACAUAAAUUAUACCAAAUGACUCUUUUUAGAAGAUGAAAGUAUUUAAUAUUUCUUAAACAUCACUUAUAAUAUUGUUCAAUAUGAGAGAUCUUCUUAGUUUUUGAAACAAAUUUAUAUGUGACUUUGCGCGUGAGCGUUCUAUUUUCUGCAUUUACAAAAUAUGUGUGAAAAAAAAACAGUAAUAUAUUUUAUCGUAUUUAUAAAUACAUAUAAAAAAGUCACAGAGAUCUAAUCAUUUAUAUGAAUUAUAGUGUAGCCUUUCAAUAAGCUUCAAAUUACAUUAUAUUUAUAUGACCAAUAUAUAUAAAGCUUUAUAAACGAAUAAAUAUGUAUGCGAUUUUGUGUAAAGCAAUAAUGCAAGUAAACGUUACAAGCUCA